GAGUGAGUGAGUGAGUGAGUGAGUGAGUGAGUGAGUGAGUGAGUGAGUGAGUGAGAAAGAGAGAGAGGGUGUGUGUGUGUGUCUUGGUCUAGCGUGUUUGUGUUGAUGCAAAUACAGUAUUCGGUUUACUGUCAGGGUAGGGUGCGGUAUUGUUGUCAGGGAAGAAGGGGCGACGAGUGCAUUGAAGGCUGCCGCUCUGAAUGCUGCCUUGGGGUUUCUGAUAUACCUAAACUCAUGCCUUCACAUGGGAAAGGCGGAGAGCAUUCUAGGCCCAGGCUGGGAUGUGAGCCACGACCCACGACCCUUCGGCGGCCCUGUGUCCGGCCGUCGCAGUCGAGAUCGCAAGAUGGUAGGCAUGCUAGCAACGAUCCUGCUUUCUGGUAAGAUCUCGGGGAAUUUUGAUCGAUGAUUCGGCAGUACGUCCAGCGUGGGAAGCACUAUGGAUUGAGGGUCUGGGUGAUCAGGCGGUACAUUUUUAUUCUAGAAAGCCACUGCGGUAUACCAAGUAGUACUGUCAUGGACACUGGCGUAGGUUGGUCCGGGCUGCUUUCCGGUAAGGUUUCGGGGUGUUGAUCGAUGAUUUGGCAGUUCAUCCACCGUGAGCGUGAGAGCGUGGAGGUCACUGCCGUAGCUCCAUAGACACUAGCGUCGUAGUCGUUUGCUGGCGGGUGACAUUGAGGGGUGUUGACAUCGAUGAUCUGGACUGCAAGUCUGGAAGUAUGUUCAGUGGUUCACCGUAGAAAGCACUACUGUAGGUACAUACCUACAGGCUACAGUAUGCAAUGACACGAACAAGCCCUAAAGGGAGAAUGGCAUCGGAUAACGCAUUGAGUCACCCCCGCAGUAAUGCUGACCCUUCAUAGAUCCGAUGCAUGACACCAAUGACACUGCCUGACUGAUGUGACAUGUCUGCUUGAUCUGAUCAACUGUUCGGUGCCGACAAUAGAGGCAAUAAAUAGCUCAUCGCAAGGAGAGUCCAGUGUUGUGUAGUUACGUUAGGAGGUAUCAAAUCCGUGCAUUGUACAUACCUUAGGACAUAUAGUCAUCUCUCCAGGCUCCAGGAAUGGUGCCAAGUGAAGUCGGAACGAGUGUGCUUAUUAAACUCAUCACUUUAAAGAC